AGCACCUUUGCUCAGAGUCAGAGUCCGACAUGUACCUACCUGAGCCUAAAACCUUGAUCUUGAAGUACGGUACCCACCUACCUACUUCACACAGCCUGACAUCAAGAGGUGCUGGCCGCAUAAACCCUUGCGCAACAAGGCCUUUGAAGUGCGGGUUUGUCAAGAGCAGGCCAUGGCUUCCAAUCUGGAAGCGCUGGUCCGGCGCCUGGAAAUUGCAGUGGAGAAGCUUGAGUCUGCCGGGGGCAUUGCUUCUGGCAGCGGUGGCGCCACAGGACAGCCGGAUCCAAGCACUGCCUCACCCACGGAGUCCUCGUUGGCCACCUCUGUUGCGGCUUUUGAUGAGCUGAUUGACACUGCAGUGACCAAGUUUGUGGGAGCAUCAGAGGCCAUCGGAGGCCCAGUUCGAGAGGCCUCCAAGCUGUUGGAGGAGGCGUUCAAAAGAGAACGCAAUGUUGUCCUGGCAAUCUCCCAUUGCAAGGCGCCCACUCCAGCAGAGAUGCAGGCGUUGGUGAGUCCUGUUGGGGAGGUCAUGAUGAAGGCGGGCAGCCUGACUGAGGGCAAGAGGACGGACGAGUUCCAGCACCUCAAGGCGGUGGCGGACAGCCUGCAGGCACUCACCUGGGUGCUCUACGCAGGGAAGGAGAGCGGGAUGAGUCUACCAGCCCAGCAUGUGGAAGAGACCUUCCAAGCAGCGGAGUUCUAUGUGAACAAGGUGCUAAUGGCGUACCGCAACAAGGACGCGCAGCACGUGGAGUGGUGCAAGGCGCUCAAGGCCGUCUUCCUGCCCGGCCUCAAGGACUACGUCAAGCAGCAUCAAACCACCGGCCCUGCUUGGAAGCCCAAUGGCAUCCCCAUCUCCCAGUUCAAAGGCGAAGCCCCUGCCUCCACCGCCCCUCCCGCAGCCACCCGUACACCUCCCCCCCCUCCCCGCAAGGCUCCCGCCCCGCCCCCUACCCCCCCUGCAGGCUCGCUGCUGCAGCCGCGGGCCGCUGCCCCCGCACCUGCAUCAGGCAUGAGCGCGCUCCUGCAGGACUUGAACAAGGGAGACGCGGUCACAUCGGGCUUGCGCAAGGUGACUGACGACAUGAAGACCAAGAACCGGACCGACCGCACCGGCGCUGUUCCUGCUUCGGCUGCCCCCCCCGCUGCUACUCCUGCAGCGGCCUCCAAGGCAGCAGCUCCAGCGGCGGCCGCACCCAAGUUCGAACUGCAGCAGGAUCGCAAGUGGGUGGUCGAGAAUUUCAACGGAAAAAAGGACAUCGUUAUUGCAGAGACAAACCCACGGCAGUCCGUCUACAUCUACAACUGCAAAAACACGGUCGUACAGGUCAAAGGGAAAGUGAACAACAUCACCGUGGACAAGUGCAAUAGGACGGGCCUGGUAUUCGAGGACGUGGUGGCCGCGUGCGAGGUGGUGAACAGCACGAGCGUGGAGAUCCAGAGCAACGGGGUGGCGCCCACAAUCGCCAUCGACAAGGUGGACGGCUGCCAGCUCUACCUGAGCGCGGGCUCGCUGAACGCGUCCAUCACGACCGCCAAGUCGAGCGAGAUCAACGUGCUGGUGCCCGGGAAGACGGCGGCCGACGACCUCGUCGAGCACGCUCUGCCGGAGCAAUUCGUCAACAGUUUCAAGGAUGGGCGCUUCGUGACGGAGCCUGUUUCGCACUCGGGGGGCUGAUCUGAUUCGUAGAACGUAUGUUGCUGCAACUUUUCUUGCCCUCUGCUCAGUUCGACCUUCUGAAUGUCUUCAGCAAGGUUCUCGUUGAGCAUGUCGAAACAGUGUUGUUAGGUCGAAGACAACACCAAUGUCAAUCUGCAGGAAGAGCUUCCCUUUGGGAAGAAGUGUGAGGAUUACAUGAAGCUCAGGCAUACGCCUGAUUUUUUGCCUGGAAGAUCCGCAAUCAUUGUUGACCUGAUGAUGGCCGAUGCUACGUUUGAUUGACCCGCA